CUGAGACAGUGACACCUUUUUCAAAAUGGCUGCUCCUUUUCUUCUUCUGAGUGUCGUAGCUGUCCUGUUUGGACCGAGCUCACAGCUUCCGAACGAAGUCAAGUUGGAGAAAAAUGCCUACAAAGAAGUCUUGGUUGCUAUCGGUAGUGACGUCAAAGAGAAUGAUGACGUCAUUAAAAGGAUACAGGAUGUCUUCACCAAAGCCUCCGUCCGCCUGCACACAGCCACCCGCCAACGCGUCUACUUCAACUCGGUCAACAUACUGAUCCCGGAUACGUGGCAACCCAAACCGGAAUACCAGAUCCCGCAGUCCGGGCAGACUUUUGAUUCAUCUAAUGUUCGGAUUGACACGCCUAACCCGGUGUGGGGCAACAACCCGUACACCAAGCAGCUCGGGGGCUGCGGAGAGGCGGGAGAAUUCAUCCAUCUUACGCCGGAGUACCUUCUGAAAAAGAAUGCGUCGGAAUAUAGAUGGGGGCCACCGGAUAAGUCACUUGUCCACGAGUGGGGCCAUCUGCGAUGGGGUCUUUUUGAUGAAUAUCCUAUCGAUAAAGAAGGCGACAGCCAUUUUUAUCAGACGGGGACGCGACUCAAUCCAGUCAGAUGCACAGAAGACGUCCGUGGCCGGCCGCUGAACAGUAAAACAUUCGACCGCUGCAAAGUCGACCGUGCGACCCUCCAGGUCGAGAAGGACUGCAGGUUUUAUCCCGAUCUCAAAGAGAACAGCGUCAAGGCGUCGCAGAUGUACAUGCAGUUCAUUGACUCUGUUCAGGAUUUCUGCGAUGAUGGGACCCUAGGUGAUUCGUUGAUUAUCCACAACCGCCUGGCCCCAAACAAGCAGAACAGAAUGUGCGGGGGUCAGAGCGCCUGGGAGGUGAUGAGGAAGCACAUGGACUUUAAAGAUGGAGCCAAUCCAGCCACUGUCAGCGUUCCCGCUACAUCUUUCCAGCUGCUGCAGAGAAAAUCCAAAAGGGUGGUUCUGCUGUUAGAUACGUCCACGAGUAUGCUUACACCUGAUGAGAUACCCAUUACAUUGAUGAUCCAGGCGGCGAGGUACUACAUCCUUGACCUCCUAGAAGCGGGAACACAACUCAGCGUCAUCACAUUCGACAAGGCUGCGGUGGUCAAGAUGCCCCUGAUUAAGAUCACGGACAUGGCCAGUAGACAGGCAAUGCUGGAGUUCCUACCUCGGAAGAAUGAGACUGCAGAUGCGACGGCGUUGGGUGCAGGACUUUUGCAGUCAGUUGGGGUGUUGACAGACGGUGGGAGUAACAAUGACGGCGCAAAAGGUUCUAAAAUCAUCGUGAUCAGUGAUGGCCAGCAAACAGCGCAGCCGUCUGCAGAAGAAAUCAUGAGAGAUGAUGUUAUCCCCCGAAACAUCGUGGUGGAUACCGUCGCGUAUAGUAGCGAGGCUGACCUCUAUCUCUCGGAGAUGUCCGCGACCACUGGAGGGAAGUCGUUCUUCAUUUCAUCGGACCUGGCUUCUACUGGUCUAUUCGAUGCCAUGAACGCCAUUGGGACAAGCGACGAGUCUGACCUACGGACCGCUCCGGUUACAGUAGAAAGUUCGGCCAUGACAGUCAGCCCACCAAACUCGACCCAAGGUAGCUUCUUUAUCGAUUCAACCAUUGGUAAUAACACGAAGAUGAUGUACGCUUACCUUAUUGACACUGAGGUUGAGGUCAAGGUCACAAGCCCAAGUGGUGUCGUUUUUGAUAAAAACAGCCCAAACUACAGCAACGAUAGAACGUUGAAGCAGAUUGAAAUCGAUGUUCCAGCAACGGCCGAGGUCGGUGAAUGGAAGUACGAAAUCACCGCCCAGAAGGAAACGACGGUGAUGGCCCAUGUUCUCUCCAAGGCAAAGGGCGACAAAGAAGACGCGAUCAGAGUCCAGUCAUUCUUCGGCAAAGGCGCGAAAACUCUAGGCGAGGAGGCUGCGGCCCAGUUAACUAUUUUUGCACAGGUAACCCGUGGCUACGCCCCAGUCAUCGGCGUAAAUGUGAUCGCCAUCAUCGAAGGUGAUAACACGAAGAUAUUUGUGCCCCUUCAGGAUAAGGGAAUAGGUGUCGACAUAACGAAAGACGAUGGCAUCUACUCUGGUAUGUUCACCCGUCAUCUGAUUAACGUCGGAGGAAGAUAUAAUGUCAAGAUUAACGUAGAUAAUCCAGAAAACAAAGGAAAGAUCGCGACAUCUGGCGGCGGCUCGGGCGCACUUACUAUUCCGAGGAAUAUUACAGAUCCUAUACCCUCGGAGGUCAAGUACGAAGACGUCGGAAGCAUGAAGCGGGUGGCUGUGGCGGGAGAGAUGCAGGUCGAUCCCCCGAUUAAUGAGGCUGAGGUCAAGGACGUCAUACCACCCCCAAGAAUAACAGACCUGAAGGUUACGAUGGUAACAUUAAACGACUCCAUUUUGACCUUGACCUGGACUGCCGUAGGUGAUGACGUCAGUCGAGGAAAUGAAACCGUCUAUGACCUAAGAGUUGGUUCAUACGAAGAAAUCCUAGACAAACCGGAUCAAUCGACUAGCAUUAACAUGAUCACCCUGCAGCCUCCAGAAAUCGCAGGUGAGGUGGAGACGCGGCAAAUUGACUUGUCAUUAUUUGAUCACAACCACCAGACGCACUUCUUCCGAAUCCGAAGCACAGACGAGGCGGGCAAUUCCGCGGAAUACUCCAACAUCGUCAGUGUCGUUUUAGCACUUCCCGAGACCUUCUCAAGUGGCGGUGCAGUUGUUUUUGCUGGAGAUGAAGUGCCCGUGGCCGGACCUGGUGAUAACACUGCCAUUAUUGCCAUUGCUUGCAUUUUUGGUAUCAUUGGCUUUGCUGUCCUUGUGGUGGCAGUUUUUGCAAUCAUUUACGCUGUGAACAAGAGGAAGGUGGGUGGAGAUACCGUGGUGACGUAUGAUAACGCAGCGUGUAAAGUCUAGGCAUCAACCACCAAGAUAAAGCUGCUCACACGCAUGCACAUGCAACGCAUGCACCUCCGCGAGCUGUGUGCGAUCAGAAAGUCUCUGCGAGUAAUAGGUCUGCACGAUCAAGGAACAUUUGCAAUAUAUGUAUUUUGUAUUUUUGUAGUACAUGUAUUAUGAAAUCACCGAAGUGACAGCUUUGGACAGUGUACAAAUAGAAGUGGCAAUCUUCUGUGUGGUUACAUUCGGUUCUAUUUUGAUAACGACUUUUGCUUAUGCAUGUACAUGUACUUAUAUGACGUGGGGGUAAAAAAGCCUAAUCUCAGGCUUUGAGCAGACUCGCAACAGUGGUAUUUUUAAAAAACAUGGACGCUUCUGUUUUUGUUCAUGCAGUUCAGCUUUAAUAGCUAGAAUAUUUAAUGCGUACAUGAAUAGACUUUUAUUCGUUACAUUAAGGUUGCAGUUUUAAAUACCAAGUUCACAUAGUUACAGCGUUUUAAAAAAAUCUUCCUAACAAAAAGGCAAGUGUGUCGUAUAGAAAAGAUACACCCCGUAUAGUAUUUA